UAAUGACAUAGCUACGUAACCCACCUGGAAUGUGCUCGACCUACUUUCUGUAUAUUUUGCUUCCGGUUGUCAUCGGUCAGUGUAUGUAAGGAAGAGGUAAGAAGCAGAGCUGGUCAGCUAAUUAACCCAUCAAUCAUGUCGUCGGGACAUCGCACAGUGACCACUACGUAUCGCUACGGCGGGCCUGGUGGCAAGACUGAAACCCGCACCAUUACAAUUGGAGGCGACGGAGGAGGCGGUCAGUUCAGAAUUGGAGAUCGCUUUCCAGACUUUCCAGGGUUCGAGGACUUCGGUUUUCCAGAUAUGCCAGGCUUCAAGCACAGCGGACCGGCUCCAGGCCCUCGUCCUGUUCCCGUUCACCACGGCGGCGGUUAUCCUGGUGGAAACAAACCCGCCGCCCCGGGCCCAAAGGCCCCUGCUACUUGCAUUCGGAGCACGGGUGUGGUCAAGCCUGACAUCCCCACCGGGGCAACUACCGUGCAGAAUUUCGAAGAAUUAAAAGCGCAGUGUUUGAGAGAAGGGAGGCUGUUUGAAGAUCCAGAGUUUCCAGCCAUAAACCAAUCCAUUUUCUACAGUCGCGCUCCCCCACGCCCUUUUCAGUGGAAACGGCCUCAUGAGCUUUGUUCCAACCCUGAUCUGUUUGUAGGGGGUGCCAGCAGAUUUGAUGUUCAGCAAGGAGAAUUGGGUGAUUGCUGGCUUCUGGCUGCCAUUGCAUCACUGUCUUUGAACAAAGAACUCCUCCACAAGGUGGUACCACCAAAUCAGUCUUUUGCUGAUGGAGAAUAUGCAGGAAUAUUUGUGUUCAAGUUUUGGCGUUUUGGCAAAUGGGUGGAUGUGGUGGUUGAUGAUCGUCUUCCAACUUAUAAUAACCGCCUUGUCUUUAUGCACUCUGCUGACAGUAAUGAGUUCUGGUCUGCCAUGCUGGAGAAGGCUUAUGCCAAGCUAUGUGGUUCUUAUGAGGCACUCAAAGGAGGUUCAACAUGUGAGGCUAUGGAGGACUUCACAGGGGGUGUCACUGAGAUGUUUGAUUUGAGGCAGCCCCAGCCACCAAAUCUCUUCCAGAUUAUGCAGAAGGCCUUCGAAAGAAGUUCUCUCAUGGGGUGCUCAAUUGAGGCUAGUCCACAUCAGCUGGAGGCAGAACUCUCCAAUGGCCUUAUCAUGGGUCAUGCAUACAGCAUAACAAGUGUCAAGAUGGUGGACAUUAAGACCCCACGUAUGGCUGGUAAGAUCCCUCUGAUCAGAAUUCGCAAUCCUUGGGGCAAUGAAGCUGAGUGGAAGGGUGCUUGGGGAGACAAGUCUCCAGAAUGGAACUUUAUCUCCGAAGCAGAAAGACAAGAAAUUGGUCUGCAAUUUGAUGAUGAUGGGGAAUUUUGGAUGUCCUUUAAAGACUUUGCCUCAAACUUCCAAAAACUUGAAAUUUGUAACCUUGGUCCUGAUGCACUGACUGAGGAUGAAUUGGGCACUACCUCAAAGAAAAAGUGGGAAGCUAGUAGUGAAGAAGGGGGCUGGAAACGCAGGGUCAAUGCAGGAGGAUGCAGGAAUUAUCUGGAUACUUUUUGGACCAACCCCCAAUACAGAAUUUCAGUGACAGAUCCAGAUGAAGAUGAUGAUGACAACACAUGCACUAUUAUUGUUGGACUUAUGCAAAAGGAUAGGCGUAAGAAGAAGAAAGAGGGCUUAGAUCUUCUUACUGUUGGCUACGCCAUCUAUCUGCUUAAAGAUCCAGACUGUGGACCCCUUGACUUGCGGUUCUUCAAGUACAAUGCAUCCUUUGCCAAGUCUCCUUCCUUUAUCAACAUGCGGGAAGUGUGUGGGCGCCACAAGCUGCCUCCUGGCUCUUACGCCAUCAUCCCCUCCACAUUUGAGCCUAAUCAGGAAGGGGAUUUCCUACUUAGAAUCUUCACAGAGAAAGCCAAUACAGCUGCUGCCAUUGAUGAAAAGACUGGCAUAUCUGACGUACAG